AUGAAUAGAACAGAAUCGUCUGUAAUUUCGAACAUAAAAGAGAUCCUCGUGACAUCUCCGACUUCUGUUGAAAUCUAUAAUACUGUCCUCGAAACUUUGAAUCCUAUAGUCAUCAGAACAGCACAGGAUGAAAUUUAUAGGACCAAUCUGGCCUCAACUUUUGAAAUAUGGCAGGAGUUGAGCGACUCCAUUGGAAAUUGCAAUAUAUCUCGUGUGAUUCAAAUGAAUAAUGAAAAGUUAACAUUUUUGUAUCUAAGAACACUUCGUGGUGCAUUAUUACUCCUCAGAAACCUAUCCGCCUCAAACCAGGACAUAGCACAGCAGUUGCUGAUCCAAAACAAAGUUGUACGGUUAUUCAUUACUCUGUCUGCGUCUGAUUUGGAAAAUACUGAAAUGGAAACUUCUAUAUACAUCACUGCUCUGACUUUCUUACAUAACGUCUCAAAAAUUUCGGUACUGUUCGAUAAAGCAAUGUUAGCUGAGCUAAUGUCCUUUUUGAAAUAUCCUCUGCAUCAUCCAGAUAAUACAAAUGACAUAAUUUAUCCGUACCUACUUUUUUUUGAAAACUUAUUGCAAAGUGAUGACUUUCUAUAUUAUUUCUUUAGACACGAAGAGAAGGAUUCUAUAUUGUAUGAGUUUUUAAUAAUCAAUAUAAUGCAUUCACAUUCUCAUCUUUUCAAGUACUUAAUAGUCAAUGAUAAAUUAGGAUUGAAUUCUACUGAAGAGGAGGAUAUUCAAAAUAUUGAAAAGGAAAUGAGUAAUGUGGAUCUAGCGAUACUCAGAUGCUUUCGUAAAAUUAUUGCUAAUGAAUCUUUCUCACCAUACUUACUAAAUUUAGAAGAAACAAAACCGGAAACAUUUAUGAAUCUUCUCAGAAUAGGUCAAGUCGUAGCUACUAGUAUAGAGAAAUGGGAUAAAUAUGAACUUACCGGAAUCAUGUCGUGGUGCUUUAAAAUAUUCUAUAAAACAGCCUUGGAUAUUAAAAAAUACUUCGAGAAAGGCACUGAUAACAUCACCAUUGCUAAAAUAUUACACCAAAAGAUAGCCAGUACACUAGAUAUUAUGUCGUCAUUCUCUAGAUACGAACAUAUCCAAAAAUAUAUAUUAUCAUACCAAGGGUUAGACAAAUUAAUUGACCUUCUUGGUAUCUUCCAAAAAAAUUUAAUCAGAAUCAACUUUAUUAAAGACAAAUCAGGUUCUGUUCAAAAUUUUAAGACAUCUGAUUCAAUGGGUAACAAAAUUACAGAUAGCACAAAAAUCAGCAGUAGAGUCGAUUAUCACAAUUUUAAUAUCCUAGCAACCAAUUUUCCUGAGUCAAAACUGCUUAUUGUUGAAAUUUUAGGAAACCUGUGCUAUAAAAAGAAAGAAAUGCAGGAUGAGAUUAGAUUGAAACAUGGGUUAGAGUUAAUAUUGUCCAAUUGUGUAAUCGACGACAACGAUCCAUUUAUCAAAGAAAGAUGUAUUACUUGCAUUAAAUUUCUACUUGAAGGUAAUGAAGAAAACCAAGCAUUUGUCGCUAGUCUAGAAGCAAAGAGAGCAGCAGAUGAUGGUACAUUAUCUGAAGCUGGAUAUCAAGUAGACAUCGACAAAAACGGUGAAAUUAACUUGCUUCCAAAGAAAUAA